AUGCCGGUGAAGGCACCGACUGACCGGCACACCCUCCACCCUCCACCGACCUCCGAGCUGGUCCCUGUGGGCUCCUGGGGGCCCUGCCCUCUUCCAUCCCACAGAGCCUCCCCUGCCCCGUUUCUUCGUCGGGGCCGGGGCUGGAUGCCGGGCUGCACAGGGUCCUGGCUGUGGGCCACCUCGAGGUGGGACAGUUGUCUGGCCUCGGGGACGUGUCUGGGACUAGCGCUGGGAACCAACCGUUAUGCCCCCUCCUCUGCAGCCAGCGACCGGGACUCGCCGGAGGCCGGAGAGGAGAUGGGGCGCGCCGAGGGUGCCUGGCCGCGGGGCCUCGGGCCCGGAGCAGUGCCCCGGGAGGCGGCGGAGCUGGCAGCCUGCGGGGAGGAGGCGGCGGGGCUGGCCGAGGCCCCGGCGUCUGUGGCUGGGGAGGCGCGCGGCAGCGGCGGCGGCCGCAAGAAGAAGACGCGCACGGUCUUCUCGCGCAGCCAGGUCUUCCAGCUGGAGUCCGCAUUCGACAUGAAGCGCUACCUGAGCAGCGCGGAGCGCGCCGGCCUCGCCGCCUCGCUGCAGCUCACCGAGACGCAGGUCAAGAUCUGGUUCCAGAACCGCCGCAACAAGUGGAAGCGGCAGCUGGCGGCGGAGCUGGAGGCGGCCAGCCUGUCCCCGCCGGGCGCUCAGCGUCUGGUGCGAGUGCCCGUGCUCUACCACGAGAGUCCCGCGCCCGCGCCGCCCGCCGCGCUGCCGUUCCCCCUGGCGGCCCCCGCGCCCCCGCCGCCCGCGCCGCUGCUCGGCUUCUCCGGGGCGCUCGCCUACCCGCUGGCCGCCUUCCCUGCUGCCGCCUCCGUGCCCUUCCUGCGGGCGCAGAUGCCAGGCCUGGUGUGAGCCGCGUGCGCUCCUCCCGGGCCGCGCCACUGAGCUGAUGCUGCUCGCGGGGCGCAAGGCGUGUGGGCGGCGCCCAGGUCUUCUGGGUACCUGGAGGACGGGCGCGGGCCUGGGGAGCCCCCAGAAUGCAUGGGGCAGCUGGACAGCGGCUUCCCACCAGCUACAAGGCUGGACCCCUCGCUGGGAAAAUGGGCCCUGCAAAGACAACUGGAGCCAGGCACACAGCUCAGGAGCAAACGAAAACUUAACACAGGCUGCCCCAGGGGCUCCAGGAGACUGGCCCCUCACUCAUACUGUUCCUCAGCACAAGAUGCCUCUUCCUGGGACUACAAUGGGAGCUAGACAGCAGGCCGCUCCCCGGGGUGGAGAGCCCUGUCCCCACGCUGGAACCAGACCUCCUGCCACAAAGAUGGGGACAGGCCGCCAGGGGGCCAGGGCUCCUGUCCUGGGCUGUGGCCUCCAGGUCUCUGGUGAAGACUUCCUUUUUUUGAUGAAUAUGCCUAUUUGCGUAUGGAAUAAAAAGGGACUUUUGUGGACA